AUGAGCGGUGUGAAUGAAAAAUGCUUUGCUAUAGAUUGCGAAAUGGUGGGAGCAAGCGAAAAUGUUCACAUGCUAGCUAGAGUAUCAAUUGUCGACCGAGAUGGCCAUUGCAUUUAUGACAAGUAUGUCAAACCCCAGGAAGAAGUAGUAAAUUACAGAACAGAAGUUAGUGGCAUCAGACCAGAAGACUUAUCCACCGGUGAGGAGUUCGACACUGUGUCACGAGAAGUAAAGGAAAUUUUGAAAGACUGCAUACUCGUUGGCCACGGGCUGUAUUUCGACUUCAAAGUUUUGAAGUUGCGACAUCCUAAACAUAUGAUAAGAGAUACUGCCUUAUAUAAACCAUUUAGGAAAUUUACUGGCGGUAAAACACCAUCUCUCAAACUAUUAGCAAAAGAAAUUUUGAACAAACGAAUACAAACUGGAGAACAUUCAUCAAUUGAAGAUGCUUGUGCAGCCAUGCAGAUAUAUUUACAGCAUCGAGAGGAGUGGGAAAAGGCUGCAGAAGCAUGA